AAACUAAAAAACAGAAAAUGCCACCUAAUUUACCCUCCAUUUUCUCCAGCUAUUGAGCUCUGUUGUUGCUUAGGGUUUUCUUAAAAAAAUUAUCUCCUCCGACGAAUAAAAUCAUGCAUUUUGUCUCAAAUUUCUCUGAAUAGUUUCCAAUUUGAAAUGUUUUAAAGUCAAUUUCUUCAUUUAGGGUUUUCGGACUUUUGUGUUUCAGCUCAAUAUCUCCAUUUGAAAAUUUGAAAAUUUUCUCAUAUUUGUUAGCAGAAUGAGGGUAUCCGUAUAAUGGAUUCAGGAUUCGACCUUUGGUUGGGUUUUGUUCCUCUUUGAUUCAUUAUUUUGUUUGCAUAUAAAGAAAAUGCCGGGGCAAAAAUCUAAAUCUGAGAAAGGGGAUGGGGAGAAGCAGCUGCGGAGAGACCCCUAUGAGGUUUUGGGGGUGAACAGAAAUUCUACCGACCAGGAAAUUAAGAGUGCCUACCGGAAGUUGGCUUUAAAGUACCACCCGGACAAAAAUGCAAACGAUGUUACAGCUGCGGAUAUGUUCAAAGAGGUCACAUUCUCAUAUAACAUUUUGUCUGAUACGGAUAAAAGGCGGCAGUAUGACACAGCAGGUUUUGAGGCUGUCGAAUCAGAAAGCCAAGAACUGGAACUUGACCUUUCAAGUUUAGGAACUGUUAAUACGAUGUUUGCUGCAAUUUUUAGUAAACUUGGAGUUCCUAUCAAAACUACUGUAUCGGCCACUGUUCUGGAGGAAGCACUAAAUGGGGCAGUAUCAAUUCGUCCACUCCUGCUGGGACAAUCUUUGUGCAGGAAGGUUGAGAAGCAAUGUGCUCACUUUUAUUCUGUAACCAUAACAGAAAAGGAAGCACAGGCAGGACUUGUUUGUCGAGUUUCUUCAUCAGAUAAGAGCAAGUUUAAGCUAUUGUACUUUGAUCAGGAAGAGAAUGGUGGACUAUGCCUUGCUUUACAGGAGGAUAGCUCAAAAGCAGGGAAGGUUACAUCUGCUGGGAUGUAUUUUCUCGGAUUCCCUGUAUAUCGGAUGGACCCUGCCCAUAACUCUGCGACUGCUGUGAAAGAUCCAGAUGCUGCUUUCUUUAGAAAGCUGGAUGGAUUUCAGCCAUUUGAAAUAACUGAACUCAAAGCCGGCAUCCAUUAUUUUGCAGUUUAUGGUGAUAAUUUUUUCAAAAGUGUAAGCUACACUAUAGAAAUUCUUUCUGCUGAAAUCUUUUCUGAAGAGAAGGAGGACCUUAGAUCUGUUGAAGCUCAAAUAUUGUCAAAAAGAGUGGAGCUUUCCAAAUUUGAAACCGAAUAUAGAGAGGUGCUCGCUCAAUUCACCGAGAUGACAAGUAGAUACGCUCAAGAAAUGCAAGCUAUUGACGAGCUUCUCCAACAGAGGAACGAGAUACAUGCUUCUUAUACAACUGCUCCACAAAUAAAGCGCAGCAGUAGUAGUCGAAGCAAGAAUAAAGCCACAGUGAAGGAGGGUGAUGAUUGCCAAGGGAAGGAUAAGAAGCAGUCUAGAGGAGAGAGGUCGAAAAAGAAGAAAUGGUACAACCUUCACCUAAAAGGAGACAAAAAGAAGCCUUGUGGAAUGGAUUGAGUAAUAAUACUAUUACUUGUCUCUCAUCAGUCUGUUUCUUUGUAUGGUCUUCCAGCUGAAGAUUGUCUUGUAUUAUAUAGUAAAUUGAACGAGUUUAAUUCAUUCUCUUGGAUGCAUUUUUAUCUACUCCUUGUUAAAGGUUGCUACAUAGCAAUCGAGAUGUAAAAUUUGUCAUUUGUCACAGGUAACAUAGAAUUGGAAAUUUUGUCACGUUGGAAUAUUACACAUUCUAUCUAUCUUGUGCUUUUGAAGCCCCUUA